UCUUGAUUUCAUAUUUCAGACAUGUAACCCAUAAAAAUGUCGGGGAAUAUUUUCCUCGGAAAAUGGCGUAUUGUGGAAUCUAUUCCUUGUUCCGAUGAGAACUAUUUGAAAACAUUGUCUCCACAUGAAGCUUCACACCCCCUUUAUUAUCCUGAAGAUACCCCGCCCCUCAGGAGUAAAGGAGCUUCCGUCCUCAAGUCGACAAAUCCGGAAGUUUCUGCUUUAUUGGGAAUAGAGUUCACACUUAACGAUACUGGAGAUGUUACCUGGAAUUUUAAAAACAAGUCUUGUACGACUCCAGCUCUGAAACCGAAAGAAUUUUGUUCGAAUGUGGAAGAAAUCUCGCAAAAAGUGGAGGAAUUAGCUCCAAGUUCAGAGGGAGGAACUUCAUCGGACGAAAUAAAACUCGCAAAAUUAAGUUGCAAAUUGGAAACUAAAGAUGAUUUACCUUCUGAGCUUAAUGAAUUGAGUCUAGAAUCGAACGAGAUAGGAGAAUAUGAUUCAUCUUUCAAAUCUGAAAAAUCAUCCGUGAAUCCCGAAAGUGUAAUUAUUGAACCUCUUGUGGAUAAACCCGAGCAAACUUUUAUACCCUUAUUACACUGUACUGCUUAUCAGGUUGUUUGGGAGACUGUUAAAUCUGCGAAGAAGUUUAUUAUCAGAUUCUCUGAGAGCCAAGGAGCCACUAUAGAGUUUAAUGUGCUUCUUGACUCAUCAACCCUAUCUAGGUCUAUAUCCCUCAGUUUCGAUGGUUGGGGAGUCCUUCACUGCAUUCUCGUCUGGAGUCCUGAUCAAAUAGAGCAGGAUAUCCCAUUAAGUUUCAGCUCUCUCUUAGAGCAGGAUAUGUUCCUCAACCCAGAGCAGGAAGAGUCCCUGAAACUCACCAUGAACCCAGGGUCAGCGAUCAGAACCCGGCUCGAUCAUAUAUCUGCCUACAGUCUGUUUGUACCGAACGAACUAAGGAUUGAAUUACUAAAAUUGAAAGAUGAUGACACUCUACACAUAAUUCUUCACUAUCUCCACACACAAGGAUUACAAAGUUGUGUAACAGAAGAACAGUUGGAUAAAGUUGUUUCCUUCCUUGAUAGUUUACCAAACCUAGAGGAGCAGGAGUUCAUGAUUAGCUUUGUCAAUAUCUGUAGGGAGUACACUCUAUGCUCGAGAAUACAACAGGAGCUGGAGAACAUAGUGUACGAGCUGCAUGAUGCUAUGGACCAAGUUCUCCUACAGCUGGGUGGUAGAACAGUGGAUGAAAGCGGGAAGGUUAGACAUCCACGAAAUAAACAAACUGGGCGGUCAGCCAUUCAGAAUAUUCCCCGCCUUCCUACGUUGGUUAAGCAGGUGUUGGGAAAGGGGUUUCUAUGUUUGCUGAAGAUUUUGGAGUUCUGCUCCAGGUUCCAGCAGAUUAAACAUCAGAUAGGAAAUACCGAGAGAACCAAAAUUAUUCUUUUUGCAAAAUCGCGUAUACCUAAAUUUCUGCAGCAAUUACUGGAGCUUCUCAAAGCGAUGAAACACGCAACUUCCGAGUUAAACACUCAGCUGCGUCAAGAUCUGGUUACGUACUUUGUUGUGGAAAUUGAAGAACUCAUUUUCUUCUUCACUGACUUGGGGCUCACCGUUACUGAUAUCCUUGAGAUCAUGAUUGAUAGAAGGAUGAGGAGUAUUGAAGGUUUGUCUGUGAACUCCUUCCAGUUUAUCCUUGUGAGAGGCCAGGUUCAGGAGUUAAGGCUCCUCAAAGAGAAGCUCGGAUACCUGGCUGCGUAUCUUAUUCAAGAGAGAGAAGAGUUUGUUGAAGAGUCUCAUCAAGAGAAGGUGCGAGGGUUGUCAAAGCAGUUUGAGCAGAUUGUGAACGAGAUACCGCUUCUUAUUCUUCACCUGGAGAAGUUUAUCCAGCUUCUACUGGAUGACCCAAGGUUUGAAGAUAAAUGUUUCCUGUUAAUGUUUACUGGAUUCUCAGGGCAUGUAGCUGAAGUACUAAACAGUAUUGUACAGUUUAAGGGUUUGAUUGAACCUGUUCUUCGAAAUAUCCUCGACACCCUGCAACAGGACAGCCUUGAGGCCGCCCUAGUCUCCCUUGGCCUCAUCAUAAAUCCAGCCUCAGUUCAGAUGGUCCGUGUGGGCUCUGAUUGUGCUGAGCUGAAUCCUGGACUAACCCUGACGAAACGGUUUUCUAGUAGUCCUCUCUCCAGGGAGAGCUCUCUAGCAGCUUCAGGUCUGAACCUGUUCAAGACUAAGAUCGGAGCAGAUAUGAAGUUCGAACUGAGACAUGAUACUCUGUCUCCGCUCUCCUGUACAGAUACUCUCAACCCAGAAGAGGUGAUUCACACAGAGACUGUUCAGAGUAUCCCUGCGCACCGUGUAGUAGUGUGUGCGCGUUGUCCCUGGUUCCUGCGCGCGCUGACAAGCGGAAUGCGGGAGGAGAGAGAACGGAAAAUUGUUCUUCGAGACUGCGACUUUGGCACCUUUAACCUAUUUCUCAAGUUUAUAUAUUCUGGACUCCUGGAUCUCAACUUGUCCGAUCUCUCUGCGCAAACUUUAGCUGAUCUUUUAUUGUUAGCGGACAGGUAUGAGCUGGAUGACCUCCUGGUCUGUUGCGAGAGUUCUCUCUGCAAUAAAUUGGAAGACGAUAAUGUGUUUUCCUUUCUUGUCCUUGGAGAUCAGUUCAAUACACACAGGUAUUCACAAUUAAAGCAGAGGGAUACAGGCUGACCCACACUAAGGA